CUGAUACCUGCCUUUAUUCCAGGAAAACCAUGUUUUUCUAUCUGCUUUGAUAACGUUAAUCAAAAAACUACAGUCAGGCACUAGACAAGGGACAAAAAGAAUAAGAUGUUCAACAUGGUGCAAGCAUAUGCAGCCUUAGAUCGCACCAACAUUCUUCACCUCAGUGAUGAACAACCCUCUCCAGAUGAUAUUCUGAAUAUUCCUCUGUUCAAAUUGCUUCCCUGUGAAUUGGAUGAAGUGGACUUAAGGUCACAGAUGACAGUGCUUGUUGAAAGAAUACUAUGCAAAAGGAUACCAUUUUUUAAUGAAAUGGAGGAUAAGAUUUUGUGGCAUAUUCCUCAUCAAUAUUCACAACUGUCUACAAAGAAAAGUGAAAUGGUUUUACUUGGUGUUAUGGACAAAGAUGAGAGUAGAGUUGCAGAUACCAUCGACAUUGUAAAUGAAUACCAUAAAUAUGUUCCAAUGAAACCGGAUGGUUCACCCUUGAUAAUACCCCUUCAUGCUGAUGGCUUGAGUUGUGAACGGGUAAAUGAUGCUCAAAAUGCUCGGGUUAAUGGGACAACAAAAUGGCAGCAACUUCAAGGGAUGAUACCUGACAUUCAAGAAUGGCACAAGAGAUGUUUGCUUCUUCAGGUAACAUAUCUAUUUAAACAUGAAAUACUAAUUUGAGCGUGGAGUACAUUAUCAAAUUAUAA